GUGUUGUUGUGACACCGGACGGAUAUGCGGCGAUGCUCUUGCGUGUGAACGCGUCUGCGGCGCUCUCUAAGCAGCUACGGGGAGAUCUCGCCUCGGAAGAGAGAUUAGGACUCGGUGGAGAAGGGGGAGGAGGAGUAGCGAGCAGCAUCAGGGGGAGAACAAAAAAACAAAACACGGCAUCUGUUGGUCCGUCGCGUCCGCUCGUUGGUGGCGGCGGCCCGGCGAGUCUCUGAGGAAGCCGGGGGCUGGAUUUGAGCCUCGCAGGAAUGUGCUGUUUCCUGUGUGAUGAGAUCCUGCAGCAUGCAUCCAUCCAGUCCAGGCUCACCAGCCUUGCAGAUAUAGGAGAAAGCUGGACGAUGAAAGGAGGAAGAGGAGGAGAGAGAUGGAGUGAGCCCUCAACGGUGCAGAACUGUUUUUAAUCAGGGACAUCUAUGGUCAGGAGGUGAUGGCAGCGCUGACUGAGCUUCACCACUAUGUUACCCCUUCCCACUGAUGGACACCCGCCACCUGCACGCCUGAGCCUGCACCCAGCACUGACUCCCCCCCCCUCUCCUUCUGCCUCUCCUCACUCAUUUCCUACCCCUCCCUCCAGCCACCACUUGCUUUCCCCCCUCCAUCAUUCCUCCAUCCAAUUUCCCCCAUCCGGAUUUUUGCUGUACCUUUGCGAUCCUACUCUAUUAUGGCGUACUGCGGCCGCUCUCUGGACUCCCCAUGCACGCUGGCCCUGCUGGUGGGCUUCCAGUUUGCCUUUGUCCUCUACUUCUCCCUCGGGGGCUUCCGGGGCCUGGUAUCCGUCCUGGUGCACACCACCGAGCCGGAGUUUGAUUACUCCCGACCUCACGACGUCUACACCAACCUCAGUCAUCUGGGAGCGCCGCCUCCCCCGCCUCGCAACACGGGCACUGGACCCCCUGUCACAGGGCCGCCGCUGAGAGACUGCCAGAUCCCCUCCCCACUGCUGGUCGGACCCGUGUCUGUCCUUCUUUCCUCUCCUCUGUCUCUGGAGGAGAUCCGGCAGAGGAAUCCCUUGGUGUUGCCAGGCGGACACUACCAUCCUCCAGACUGUGAACCCCGCCAUCACACAGCGAUAGUGGUGCCGUACCGGAACCGGCAGACCCACCUCCGCGCGCUGCUCUACCACCUCCACCCCUUCCUGCAGAGGCAACAGAUCCACUACAGCAUCUAUAUAGUGCAGCAGUGGGGGAACGGGACCUUCAACCGAGCCAAGCUGCUGAACGUGGGGGUGCGGGAGGCCCUCAGAGAUGAAGACUGGAGCUGCAUCUUCCUGCACGACGUCGACCUGCUGCCCGAGAACGACCACAACACCUACACCUGCCACAAACAGUUCCCCACACACCUGUCUGUGGCCAUGGACAAGUUCAGAUACAGGCUGCCGUACCCGCAGUAUUUCGGUGGCGUGUCUGCAGUGACCCCAGACCAGUACAUGAAGAUGAAUGGUUUCCCCAACCUGUACUGGGGCUGGGGUGGAGAGGAUGAUGACAUCGCUGCCAGAGUGCGUCUCUCUGGCAUGAAGAUUGUGCGUCCCCCAGUGGCCAUUGGUCAUUACAAGAUGAUCAAGCACAAAGGAGACAGAGGCAACGAGCAGAAUCCACGCAGGUUUGACCUCCUGAAAAGGACCAGACUGAACUGGCGCUCCGACGGCCUCAACUCUCUGGCCUACGAGCUCCUUUCCAGAGAGCUGGAGCCUCUCUACACCAACCUCACUGUCAACAUUGGAGAAGACCCCCGCCUGCCGCAGGGGAAGGUACCUGUCCCCGUUAAGGCAACGACCCCCGUCCACCAACGUAGCACCAGCAAGAACGAGGGCACAGCCAAGAAGGUGGAGAACAGGCCACAGGGCAAAGGCUCCGUGGUGGAACAUAUGACCAAGGUAUUGGGUGAAAAGACAAAACCUGCGCUGUCAAAUGCUGCAAAUCAAACAACACACAAGGAGACUGGUGCGAUGACAUAGGAAGGGGGGGGGGG